CUUUCCACCAACAACCGCCAAGUCAACAUGAGGGUCCACACCUGCUACUUCUGCUCUUCCCCCGUCUACCCGGGUCAUGGUAUCAUGUUCGUCCGUAACGACUCCAAGGAGUUCCGGUUUUGUCGGUCAAAGUGCCACAAGAAUUUCAAGAUGAAGAGGAACCCGAGAAAGGUUCGCUGGACGAAGGCUUUCAGGAAGGCUGCUGGAAAGGAGAUGGUCAUCGACACCACGCUCACUUUCGCUGCCCGCCGCAACCUUCCCACUCGCUACUCCCGCGAUCUCGUCUCGAAGACGCUACACGCCAUGCGCCGCGUCGCCGAAAUCCGCAAAAAGCGCGAAAUCGCAUUCUACAAGAACCGCAUGGCCGGCAACAAGGAGCGGGAACUCAGGGAGGCGCGCAAGGUCGUGGAGAAGAACUCGGAGUUGUUGCAGGGAGAGUACGAUUCCGACGAGGAGGAGGAGUUGGAGGAGGAGGUUAUGGAGGUCGAGGAGGGGAUGGAUGUCGAGGAGGACGAGGAGGAGGAGAAGGAGAAGGUCAAGGUGUUGGUCAAGAACAGCAGGAAGAAGAAGGUCAGGAUGGCCGAUGGGAUGGACUUGGACUAGACCACACUCGCUGGUCGAAGUGGCGAGGGGGAGUUCUAUUGCAGUCGGUGUGCGGCGUGAUGAUACCGUGGAUGUGGUGUCUGCCUGUGCCGGUUUGCCGAUGUUGACUGCUGUUUGAUUGUUCUUGGUUUUGGGUACACGGUUUUUGGGA